AGUGACACAAUUUAUUAACUAUUUUAAGAGAUUAAGAAUGUUCACUUAAGUGACAAAGUGAAAUAUGCAAGUUGAGUGGCUUAUCAAUGUGUUUGGCCAUUGUAUAUUGACGCAUUUUUCUCCUCUCCAAGAGUCCAACCCCCCUCUCUCUCAUAAUACGGUUGCCUGUAUAAAUAGCACAUACAAAUCUAGCAUCAGCUCAACAUUUUCCUAGCUUAGUUGCAGAAGAAAAAGCCUCAGAGAAAUUGGACAACAACGUGCAACGUGUAUAAAAAGAGAGCCUUUUUACUUCCUUUUGACAUUCAUUGAUAUCUGUGGAAUCAUUUGGUAUUAUUGCAGCUUCUUUUCCACUACUAAACAAUCACAACCCCAUUAUUCUCGAAUCUGCAAAUUCGGAUCUGUCUCUAGAAAGUUUUCAACAUCUUUCCUUUGUCACCAUUACUUUUACAGCCAAUCACAAUUUAAUUUCCUUUCUUAUUUUUGGUUUCGCAAAUUGAACCCAAUUUCAAAUCUCGCUUCUGAUUCAUUUUCUCGUGUUGAACGGCUAUAAAACAUGAAGAAUUCUAUAUCUGAACAGAGUUUCUACGUAGAGAGUGAAGAAGAGGAUGAUCAACAUUUGGAAAGGGAUGAAAAUGAAGAAGGAAAUGAGUCUGAUUUUUCCAAUUACUCCAAUGACAAUGACAAUGAUAAUGAUGAUGAAAAUAAUGGCCAGCAGAGCAAACCCAAUUCGUUAUCCUCUGCUUGGCCUCAGAGUUAUAGGCAAUCCAUGGAUCUGUACAGUAAUGUACCAUCUCCAAGUCUUAACUUCUUGGGAACACCUUCAUUAUCACGGCUAGGAAGCUCAUUCUUGGGCUCAUCUCUUAUAAGAAGACACACUCCCGAGGUAUUGCCGUCUCUUCACAAGCCUCUCAUACCACCAGCAGAGGAAGAAAAAGCACCUCAUAGGCGUAGUUCUCAUGGUUUGCUGCCUCCCCUACACCCGAGAAAGUCUUCUAUUAAGAAAUUUCUUGAUGAGAAACCCUCUAAGGAUGCACAUGGACUUCCAAUUUCUCACCAAAGCUCCUAUGGCCAAGCAGUGGUCAAUGGCAUGAAUGUUCUUUGUGGAGUAGGGAUUCUUUCUACUCCUUAUGCUGUCAAGGAAGGUGGAUGGGCAGGACUUUCAAUAUUAUUUAUUUUUGGCAUGCUUUCUUUCUAUACUGGCAUGCUCCUGAGAUACUGCUUGGAUAGCCAACCAGGGCUUGAGACGUAUCCAGACAUUGGUCAGGCUGCUUUUGGUACAAUGGGGCGUGUUGUUAUAUCAAUAAUCUUAUAUGUGGAAUUAUAUGCCUCAUGUGUUGAAUACAUAAUCUUGGAGGGUGAUAAUUUGUCUGCUAUAUUUCCAAAUGCACAUUUAAGUCUGGGUGGCUUUGAGUUAGAUGCUCGACAUCUUUUUGUUGUGAUAUCCACCCUGGCUGUCCUUCCUACUGUUUGGCUGCGCGACCUCAGUGUCCUAAGUUAUAUUUCAGUUGGAGGAGUUGUUGCUUCUGUUUUGGUGGUCCUUUGCUUGUACUGGGCUGGCUUGGUGGAUCAUGUAGGCUUUGAAAGCAAAGGGACUGUACUUAACCUACCAACUUUUCCUGUUUCCAUUGGGCUUUAUGGAUUUUGUUACUCUGGACAUGCGGUCUUUCCCAAUAUAUAUACAUCCCUAGCGGAUCGGAGUCAAUUUCCUGCAGUCCUCUUGACCAGUUUUGGUAUGGUAACUCUGUUGUAUGGUGGAACAGCUGUGUUGGGAUACCUGAUGUUUGGGGAUUCAGCUGAAUCCCAGUUUACUCUAAAUAUGCCCAAAGGAUUAAUGGCUUCCAAGGUUGCUGUGUGGACAACUGUUGUUAAUCCUUUUACAAAAUAUGCUUUAACCCUGUCUCCUGUAGCAAUGAGUUUGGAGGAAUUUUUGCCGUCAAAACACGCCAAAUCUCACGUGUACCCAAUCAUCAUUAGAACUGCAUUGACAAUUUCCACAGUAGUAGUUGGUCUUGCGGUUCCUUUUUUUGGUUUGGUAAUGGCAUUGAUUGGAUCUUUACUUACAAUGCUAGUGACUCUGAUACUACCUUGUGUUUGCUUCAUGAGAAUCUUGAAGGGAAAAACAAGCGGCCUUCAGGUUACAGUAUGUGUCCUCAUUAUCACAAUAGGUGCUAUAUCUGCAGUGAUCGGGUCCUAUUCAGCUCUCUCCAAUAUCAUCCACAGCAUGAGCUAAAUUUUGGUAAUACUGAGUGUAGCAUCAGAUGUUUUCGAGCUUAGAGUACAUUAAGUUUCUAAUCAUAAAGAUUUCACAAGUUUCCAUUUUCUUGGUAGAGACUAAGCCCAUACUCCAUUUUCGGGCUAGAAUUUGAUAAUGAUUUUUUUUAUUAUUAUUGUUUAAAUACAUCUGUAGUUCAAUUGUCUUUUAGAGAAAAAUGCAUUUCAUUAGAUUC